UGGAUGAGAAGAUCGUGGAGUUUUCACCCAUUGCUGUGAAAAACACCAUCCUGUGAGUUUGUCUCCAGCCUUCUCCCUCCAACUAUUGUCCGCUUCAGAUUGCAUCAGCGCUCCAGGCUGCUUUCUGGAGCAGUCGUCCUCGCUGAAGACAUGGCCUUCCAUGGCUGGAAGCGGCUGCUCUUCCUGAGCAGGCAGAAGGCCUUUGCCAGAGCAUGGAGGAGCGGGAAGGGAAGCCCCUCUCUGGGCUGGAAACGCUGCUGCCACGGGGAGGCUGGCACGUCGGUGACCCCCGAGAUGAGAGCGUUUCUGGAGGAGAACACGGAGGUCACCAGCAGCGGGAACCUCACGCCAGAGAUACAGCUGCGCCUGCUCACCCCUCGCUGCAGAUUCUGGCAGGAGAAACUCGACUCGUGGCCUUAUGGGGACCCAUUCUGGGCAAUUUACUGGCCGGGAGGUCAAGCCCUGUCCAGGUAUAUUUUAGAUAAUCCCUGGAUUGUYAAUGGGAAAUCAGUUUUGGAUCUUGGAAGUGGAUGUGGAGCAACAGCAAUAGCUGCGGUGAUGAGUGGGGCAUCCCAAGUCCUGGCUAACGACAUCGACCCUAUUGCAGGAAUGGCCAUGAUCUUGAACUGUGAACUGAACCAUCUGAAUCCCUUUCCCAUCACCAUUCGGAACAUGAUCAAUUCGGAGGUGGGCGACUGGGACCUCAUUGUUCUCGGGGAUAUGUUUUACGAUGAGCAACUGGCUGACGGUCUUCAUCAGUGGCUGAGAAAAUGCAUGAGGACACGGCCAACCCAAGUGCUCAUUGGUGACCCGGGCAGGCACGAGUUUUUAAGACACAGAAUUCACAGGCACUUGCACAAAGUUGUAGAAUAUUCCCUUCCUGAAGCUGCUAGACAGGAAAACAAUGGACUAACAUCAAGCAUCGUCUGGAGUUACCAGCCUUCGUGUAGCUUAGAAAGCUCCUAAAGCCGCUUUGUAAUUAAUWUGGUCUCCAUUGGUGGCUUUCUAUUUUUUUGGUAAGUGGUUGAAGUAAGCCAUGAGACAUAUGCAUGGCACUGUUGAUGCACAGCUGCACCCUGUGCCCAUGUCAGCUUUGUAGGCUCAGGCUUGGGCUGCAUUUGAGCCGGAACUCGGACGAGCUCGACUUGAGCGGCUGCGCGCAGCGGUGCCGAUGGAAAGAGAGGGUGCCCGGGAGUUUGCAUGGCUGCCACCUCUGCUGUGUGUCCCUGUGUCCSUGUCACUCCUGGAGGGUACCGGGAAACAUCUCGGACAAGAGCACUGAGGACAGAGGAGGAUGGRGGGGGGAACCCUGCCCUCCCUCCCCAGGCUUCUGCAGCUCAUUUACAGAGAAAAUAGUGCUGUCCUUCCUGAAACUCUCUUUGCUGGAUAAUUAGCUCGUGUUAUACUCACUCUGAGUGCCUUGCUUUUUCUUUACCUGGCUCUUUCUUCUGAAUGUAGCUAAUCUGGGUCUCCUCCUUCUCUAAAA